UAAGCCCCGCCCACCGACUCUAUACUCGAUGUGAUUGGCCUGACCAGAGUUUGGUUUUUCCAGCUUGCAAGCCGAUGGAGAGUUGCUAAACGACCCUGGCCGCAAAUUACAUUUGCUGCCGAUAGGCUGCGUCUAGAUUUCUAGGCUAGUUGAAUCUGAUUACUAUGCUCCUCAUGUAUCCCUGCCCUAAGAAUAGCUGACUGUGGUAUCAUUUAUCCCUAAUCACAGGUCGAUUUAUAACAAAUACGGGGAAUCCUAGUCUUUCCUUACCACGGACUGUGAUUGUCGAUAGCUAAAGUUAAGCUAAAUUAGCAUAGUCAUAAUUACAUACCUGAUAAAUCCACAAUCAAGUUUCAAGUUACAUUUAUUUAUAAAGCACUUAAAAAGCAAACAAGUUUGCACCAAAGUCCUUGACGAAGAAAACUAAAAAAACAUGUAUACAAGCAUAAACAUAUAUGCUAUAUAUUCAUAUAUACAUAGAUGUGUUGGAAGUACAACUUUUAAAUAGAAACAAGUUGAAACACAAAUUAAAACUUGAAAUACAGGUUAAAACAGGGAAACGCAGUAAAUACAGCUUUACGUUAUUUCAUUUUCUGGGCACUUUACUUUUUGUUAUAUGUAUUCAUUGACUUACCUUUUUUAAAUUGUCUUAAAGUAUGUUAUGUCCCUACGACGACUCUGUGGUCAACAUUUGGGAUUGGUAAAUAAAAUUACUUGACUUAGCUCCCAAUAACUUAAUUUAUUUCCAAUUUAAUGGAUCCUUUUGGUCUUGGAUAUGUUUCAUCUUGAGUAAAACAUGAACUGUUGAUUGAACUGCUCAUACAAUAUUUAGUGUAAGUUCAGUUGAAUCACAAAUCCUCAGACAAACUCUGAUUGGGCACAAUUCAACAGCGGAGGGUAAAGUGCAAAUUGAACGCUUGGGCUAUAGGUAAAAGUGUCUUGUGUACUGUUGAGUCUUAAUGGAUUUAUAGCAGGGCUGGGCAAUAUAUCGAUAUAUCUAUCAUUAUAUGAGACUAGAUUUUGGAUAUCGUAAUAUGACAUGUGCUUUAUAUAUUUGGUACCCCUAAAAUCGCAUGUGCCCCCAGUCUGACCCAUCCAUUUGAAAUGGUCUAGAACUGCCACUGGCUCAUGGUCUUGCUUAUAUUUUUGGACUGUAUAUUUCCCAAUCACUAUGUUUCUUUGUGUGACUAAAUUAAGCCCAUGUUUUAUGAGAUGGGCCUGUAAAAUAAGUUUGAUCACUUUUUAUUUUAUUUUCAACUUGUAUGGCCUCAUUUUCUUAUUCUAAAACAGGUGUAUUGUAUUUAUUUGUUUGUGUCUUUUACAUAUUUUUAUUGGAAUUCUAUUAUUUAUGUAUGUUCUUGUAUAUUGCGCUACUUGCUUUGUUUGUUAGGUAUUUUAUUGUGCAGUCUCUGUAAAAUGUUUAGAUGAGUCAAGGUUUCUGUCUAAAGCUGUUAUUGUGAAGGAUAAAGCGGAAGUGGUGAAUUAUGACAUGUGCUUCCAUUGACUGUUUUGGAUAAUAAAGAAAAGCCGUGUGUAGCAAAGUCUCCGUUCAGAAGUUAUGGCUCACGUUUUUAUUUUAUAAUUCUAAGUUCAUGCAUUCAGUUACGUGCCCACACACUGCCUCCAUUCACACACACGGACGCACGGAGCCUCAAUCGUGUUUGUACGUUAUGGGUUGAAGAGGUUAGCCAGGUAGUUGUAAAUCGCUUUUUUUCUCCGUGAGUUCUGCUCUUUCAGCGUUACGUAGUUAAUCAGAUACAACCGGAGUGGACCACCAGAGCCCUUAUGCAUUGAUGAACUUGUAUAAGUGGACUAUGUGCACAUUUUGGAGGACAUUUGACCUCAGACUCAUCUCCUUUAGCCAAGAAUGCUAAAUGCAGUUAGCUUAGCCUGCUAGCUGGAAAUAGACGGAUACGGAACUCCACACGUAGGUAGCUAGUUGGAGAGACUAUUCGGCAGAGACCGAACUAUUUUUCAUGGACCCACAAUAGUGUAGAUGACCCUGUCUGAAUGUACUCUGUGCUGUCCCCUUUGUUUGAAAACGUCUAAAUUAUCUCCUGGUGUCCUACGAAGCUAAUGAAGUUAGCUUGCUAGCUCCCCGAAGUAGACGGACCCGAACAACACAGCCCACUUGUCAGAGUGAGCAAACCGGUUUUAACGGAGUCUGUCUGGAGGAAGAGUUUCUGUGAUUUAGUAAAAAUGUCUAAAGUUCAACUGCUGAGAGAUUUUGUGAACCAGCGACUAACUGCGGCUGCUGAAGAGAUAUGUGAGCUGUUUGAAAGAACGAUAGCAGAGUACGAGGAGGAACUUGAGUUCCGUUCAAAAGAAAAUCACCGACAACUGAAACUACUGGACGCCGCUGAUUGCAACCCUAAAGUCCGGUUACACAGAGCAGCAUCAAGUCGCCUAUACUCUCCAAUGCGUGGUCCACUGCCUGUUCUGCCCUCUAACGUCCGUCCGCACCGCGUCCCGCCACCCACUCUCUCCACCAAUGCGUGGUCCGCUGGCCCGUACCAACCUCUGAUGUCCGUCACUCCACCGAUGCUGUCCCAAUACAGCGCUUCCACCUCCUCGUGUCUCUCUGUCUUGCCAUCGCGAUCCGUGGCCGUGAUGGACAACGAGCAAGACAUGGGGCCAACCACACAUCGCUCGUACAAAGACGUCCAGCAGCUGUUGGUGGUUGAAGAUGAUGUUCCUCCUGAGCCGCAGGAGUGGAGCUCCAGUCUGGACCAGGAGGAGCCAGAUCCCCCCCCACACAUUAAAGAGGAACAGGAGGAACUCUGGACCAGUCAGGAGGGAGAGCAGCUUCAAGGGCUGGAGGAGACUGAUAUCAAGUUCCCGUUGACUUCUGUCCCUGUGAAGAGUGAAGAAGACGAUGAAGAGAAAGCUCAGUCCUCACAGCUUCAUGAAAGCCAAACUGAGGAGAACAGAGAGGCAGAAAGAACAGGAGCUGAUGGGGAGGACUGUGGAGGACCAGAACCAGCCAGGAACUCCGAUCUAGAUAGUCCUUUACAACCAGCUACUCAUGACAAGACUGCAGACUCCUCUGAAUAUGAGACUGAUGACAGUGGUGACUGGGAGGAGACUAGGGAACCUCAGUCAGGUUUAAACUCUCUGCAAAACAAUGUAGAACCUGGAAGUGAUGUGGAACUUCUGAAGAAACGCACUGGAGUCCAAACAGGAGGGAAACCGUUUUGUUGCUCUGUUUGCGGUAAAAGAUUCUUUCUGAAGAAGACUUUAACAUCCCACAUGAGACUUCAUACAGAAGGAAAUCAUUUCACUUGCCCAGUUUGUAAACUGGUAUCCAGCAACAGAAGCACUUUGGUUAAACACAUGAGAAUCCACACAGGGGAGAAGCCAUUUACUUGUUCACUUUGCAGUAAACAAUUUGCACAAAAGGGACAUUUGAGACGACACCUGACUGUCCACACAGAUGUCCAGCAGUUGUCGGUGGUUAAAGAUUGGGUUCCCCCUGAGCAGCAGGAGUGGAGCUCCAGUCUGGACAAGGAGGACCCAGAGCCCCCACACAUUAAAGAGGAACUGGAGGAACUCUGGAGCAGUGAGGAGGGAGAGCAGCUUCAAGGGCUGGAGGAGGCUGAUAUCAAGUUCCCGUUCACUUCUGUCCCUGUGAAGAGUGAAGAAGACGAUGAAGAGAAAGCUCAGUCCUCACAGCUUCAUGAAAGCCAAACUGAGGAGAACCGAGAGGCAGAGAGAACAGGAGCUGAUGGACAAGACUGGGGAGGACCAGAACCAGCCAGGAACUCCGAUCCAGAUAGUCCAGCUACUCAUGACAAGACUUCAGGCUCCUCUGAGACUGAUGACAGUGGUGACUGGGAGGAGACUAGGGAACCUCAGUCAGGUUUAAACCCUCUGCAAAACAAUGAAGAACCUGGAAGUAAUGUUGAAUGCAAUACAGGAAAAACAUCAGUUAGCUCCUCUGGAUGUGCUGGCCACGAGGAACAUCUGCAGAAACCCACAGGAGUCCAAACAGGAGUGAAACCAUUUAGUUGCUCAGUUUGUGGUAAAAGUUACACUCUAAAGUCGUCCUUAAAGAGUCACAUGAGACUUCAUUCAGAAGGAAAAGUUUUCACCUGCUCAAUUUGUAGAACAAGUUUCUGUGAGACUGGCAGUUUGAUUAGUCACAUGAGAAUCCACACUGGCGAGAAACCAUUUAGCUGUUCAGUUUGUGGUAUAAGAUUUGCACAAAAGGGAAACCUGAAACAGCACUUGACUGUCCACACAGGGGAGAAAUCAUUUAGUUGUUCCGUUUGUAAUAAAAGAUUUGCACGGCGCAGUACUCUGAGACGACACUUGACUGUCCACACAGGGGGAGAAACGAUGGCUACCUUUACAUGCACGUAACACUCCCUUUUUU